GCCUGUUGUUGUUCACGUGUACGCCACGUGGUGAACAUGUGAAUCAAGGUGAAAAGGACGAGGUCAAUGUCCGAUAUGAUUACUUCAUACAGCAUAUAUGGAAACUACGUCACUAAAUGCAAACACAAAAGUACGUGAGUAAACACACUUUCAAACUUUGAAACCUGCACUGGGCAGCACAAAACGGUCUGCUCGGUUGGAGCGUGCACUGCUUUAGGAAAGAAAACGUCUUUUUUGGCACAAGCCCUGUACUGACAAACUAUCAAACAACACAAAAUGGCGAGCAACAUUGCAGAAGUCGACGCUGAGGGGAAGAAACGAGACCUACAAGAACUGUUGGGAAAAGUCGAGACGGAAAUAUCAGAGUUGCCAACAUCGGCAGACGCAGCGAUCGAAAAGGCCACUGAAUAUUUCGACCACCUGAUGGCCUUGCUUCAAGACAGAAAAGAAGAAGUCGUCAGAGAAAUAGGCUUACGUCGCCAGGAAGUCGGAAAAUGUCUGGAAGAGCAGAAAGAAGCGAUCGAGUUUGAGUUGGCCGGACUGAAUACUAGUAGCACGUCGGAGUCCGAAGGUCAAGCACGACAGAGGGUCGAAGAGCUGCUGACAACUCCAGCCCGACCGAGUCACGUCGUGUUCUCGGAGGGGACGGCUGUGGCGGAGUUCAGAGAGGCCGUGGCCAAAGCAGGGUGCGUACAAGUCACGGGGAGGGUAGACGCAUCCAAAUGUUCAGUGGAAGUCAAGCCUGGCGUUGUAAAGUUUUCAAACGUGGCCCUGCUCACUACAGUCGAUGGGCAAGGGCGUUCGUGUGUUGUUGCUAAAGAUGACGUCAAAGUCACUUUAACGGACCCCUUUGGCAAGGCGGUACAAACAAACUUACAAAGGAGCAAGGGCUUGUGGGAAAUCUCCUACACACCCGAGCUCACGGGCAACCAUAGGUUAGAGGUCACGGUCAAGGGUCAGUCUGUGGCGGGAAGUCCGUAUGACGUCAGGGUGCAAAGAAGUCGCAGCCCAGUCUUGACCAUAAGAGGAGAAAUUGGCUCUCACCCAGUAGAUGUGGCAAUGGGCAAGGAUGGCAACAUCGCGGUUCUAAAGAACGGGAAGAAACGGGUUCGAAUAUUCGACGUCAAGACCGGCCAGUCGCUUCGGUGGUUCACGGUGGAUGGUGAAGAUCCAUUCGGCAUUGACAUUGACUCCGACGGACACUUUAUUGUGACAUGCCGAAACAUAUCCGACACUGGCAAGCAAGCAAUCCUUGUGUACUCGCCAGAAGGAGAGCUUGCGAAGAUCCUGAAACCCGAGUGUUUGCAAAAUCCGCGCGGGGUUGCAGUUCUGAAGGACGGCCGCAUGGUGGUGGCAGACGACGCUCAGCAGUCGUGUCUCCUCCUGCAGCCUGACGGGAGCCUCAUCCGAAAGAUCGGCAAGGGACAGCUACAAGGCCCAUGGUUCAUUGCGGUGGACGAAUCACGUGGCCUUCUCUCUGUCACGGACUGCGACGGUCAUAAAGUGUGCGUGUUUGACCUUGAGGGGAAUCUGAAGGUCAAGUUCGGUAAAUGGGGUCGGAAUGAGGGAGAGCUCUACCACCCAUCGGGUAUAACCUUCGACCCGGCAGGUAACAUCAUUGUAGCGAACUGGGGUAGCAACCGACUACAGGUGUUCAGGCCGGACGGGACGUAUCUGAGAAAUGUAGCCAUUGUGAAGGAAGCGGACCCACGUGGAAUCGCAUUGACACAGGAUGGACACAUUGCUGUAGCGAGUUGGUUCGGAUAUUGUGUCGAGUUGUACGGCUACAAGUAGUGUGAUCAAUGUUCUUCUGAUAUUGGUCAUGCUCUCAAGUGCCAACAAAUGGUAGAACAAUUUAGACGUUUUAGUACCAUACCCCAACUAUAGGCUCUGAACUUCAGCGAACAACCUGUGAUCAUUUUCUUAGGUACACUUCUAGCAAGAAUGAGGCACAUUCAAAGACCAACAUGCUAUAUAACUUGAACUUUUCAAUUAGUAGAUAAUAAGCUUGUUGAUGUUGAUAAAUGAUAGCAAUAUUGGUUGACCAGCUACAUGUAUUACCAGAAAGAGGUGUGCUGCAGAAUACUAAGCGGAAAAUGCUGUAUUAUAUAUGUACUGAAGACAAUUUCACACAUCUUUUUGUUUAAAGGCCAGUGCAUUGCAUUGUACAUGUAAUUGUGUGUUAAUUAUUAGGUUUGAGUUAUGUGAUAAGCUCAGCCUAUGGAUGUGAAAUGAUUUUACCGCAAAUAAAGCAACCAUACG